AUGGCUUCCUCUGUUCCUCUUCUGUUCUCUUCCUUCAUUUUCCUCAUCACUUCGACUUUUGCUCAGACUCCUGAUUUCCCACUUAGUGUCUUCCUUCAAGUGACCAAAGAUGUUUCAACCCACCAGUAUUUGACCCACUUAAACAUGGGCACACCCCCUGUUCCACUCAAGCUUCUUGUUGAUCUUGGUGCUCCAUUUCUCUGGAUAAACUGUGAUCAGUCAGGCCUUGGAUCAUCAUCUCACCAUCCCAUCAAGUGUUGCUCACUCCAGUGCUCAAUAGCGAAGGUCAAUUGCUGUGCUACACCAGCAGGGCAUGACACCAAGAAUUGUCUCCUUGACCCAGAAAACACCAUCACAAGUAAACCUCUCAAUCGAAUUGUGUCAUAGUUAUGUUUAGGACUUGAUUAUGGUACCAAACAGAUACGUCUAAAAUGUAUUAUUUUUGUGAAUAUUUUAUUAUUUUUCUGUGUAUUUUUAGAAAAAAAAAUUAUUAUUUUUUGUGAGUGAUUUAUUAAUUUUGUGAAUAUUUUUAUUAUUGUUAUAGUAACUAUUUUUACUAUUAUUUUUUUUUUGCACGAUAAAACUAUGUAGAGAUAUCAUUUACUUAGAAUAAAUGUGAUUACAAUUAAAAGAUAAUAAAGCCUUAAGCUCGAGAGGGAGAGAGGGCAGGCAGGGCCCCCAAUCCAAUGGGAUUGAGUUGGAUGAAACCUUGGCUGUAACCCAAUGAGCUGCUCGAUUAAGAGCUCUAAGCUUGUAUAAAAAACGUAAAUUAAGAACCUUAGAGAAGUGCUGGAUAUCACCAAUAAAAGUACCUAUCUCCCAUGGUGGCACAACUUCAGUCGAACUCAACUUAAUAAGCUCUAGAUUAUCAGUUGCAAUUUUUCACUUGUAUGUAUAUUUUUAUCACUUUUUUUGUAAUUAUUUUUACUAUUUUUCUUAGGUACAAAAAAAAUAAUCACUUUUAUCGGUAUUUUUUAUCA